UCCACAACAAUCCCACCUUUUAAUCUCCUUCACACUCUCCAUGCCAUUUCCACAAGCCACAACACAACACAGAGAAACCAAGAAAAAUCCUCAAACUCUAAAAUGGCCUCAACAGCUCUCUCAAGCGCCAUCGUCGGAACUUCCUUCCUCCGCCGUCAAACAUCUCCCAUCAGCCUCCGUUCCCUCCCCUUAGCCAACACCCAAACCCUCUUCGGUCUCAAGUCAGGCACCGCACGCGGCGGACGCGUCACAGCCAUGGCUACAUACAAGGUCAAGUUCAUCACACCAGAAGGAGAGCAAGAGGUUGAGUGCGACGACGACGUUUACGUCCUCGACGCUGCUGAGGAGGCCGGGAUCGACUUGCCUUACUCUUGCCGUGCCGGUUCUUGCUCGAGCUGUGCUGGUAAAGUUGUGUCUGGCUCUGUUGACCAGUCUGACCAGAGUUUCCUCGAUGAUGAGCAGAUGGAUGCAGGGUUUGUUCUCACUUGUGCGGCUUAUCCUACUUCUGAUGUUACCAUUGAGACCCACAGAGAAGAGGACAUUGUUUAAGACCAUCAUCACUUGCUUGUGAUGGUUUCAUAAUCAUUAUUCAUGUCUUUACAUUUUGGGUUGAGUUUGUUGUUACUUUAGUAUAAUCUAUUGUUGUCUGUUGUACUUGUUCUUGGUUUGGAGUUUGGACCAUCUUUCGGUAAGAUCAAUGGAUAACUGUUUAAAACUUAUGGUAAUGCAUGUUCUUAUUAAUAACUUUUGAUGUGAAUCUAA